AUGUCCUGCGUGCAUUAUAAGUUUUCCUCCAAGCUCAACUACGACACCGUCACCUUCGAUGGGCUGCACAUCUCCCUGGCCGACCUCAAGAAGCAGAUCAUGGGGCGGGAGAGGCUGAAGGCGGCCGACUGCGACCUGCAGAUCACCAACGCACAGACGCAAGAAGAGUACACAGACGAAGCUGCUCUUAUUCCUAAGAACUCUUCCGUCAUUGUUAGGAGGAUUCCUAUUGGUGGAGUGAGAACUACAACAAAAACAUUUGUCGUAAAUCGUAAUGAGCCAGUGAGUGGAACAUCAAAAGCAGUAUGUAAAACCCACAAUCACCCUUUUCCUUAUACUUCUUUACUCCAGCCUUUAACAUGCAGGCACACACCUGCUCCUAUUUCUGUGUGGUUCUGUUGA